AUGCGACAAUGCGGGCUUGCGGAAAGAGUAUGUGGGUAAAUACGUAGGUGUUUGAGUACAUGGUAAACCGACUCUAUCUGCGCACGCCAGAGCCAUCCCUUAUUCGACAAGGCCCGCAGAUUCUCUUCCUUGUCCAAACCGAGCUCAGCUUGCAAGAGUCAGCAGACCAGGUGGUGUGGCACGUGCGCAAAGCCAAAGUUUAGCAGCGAUGACAUGCCCGUGUAUGCCCAAUGUCCACGAUGACCCGACAGCGCCAUGCGGAUGACACUCGCGGCGGUUGAAGGACAGCACAGCGUCUGCCCUGCCUAACGCCCUCUUCUGUUUCCAGCUCACCGCCUGCGGGCUGCUCUGUUGCGCAAUCCAAACGGGCCCACGAACAGAGGCCAGACCGAGUGUUGAGCUCGGCCGCCGCAAACGCUUUUGACAACGGCCAACGCCCGGCCGCCGACCAUCAACGCUCGCCGAUGCCAACAGCAUUCUGCCUUGCAGCACGACACCUACCGACCGAAAAUACGGCAGACUCAACGCUGCUCUGCCCCGCGCACGCGACCAGCGCAGCCGCAAGACCAGCGCCAGGGGGCAGCCUCGGCACCCGCCGCCCCACCUCCUCGUGCCUUAGCUUUCUGCCUAAUCCGCGCCUGGCCUCGGUCCCUUCCUGGUAGCCCAGCUGCGAGUAUCGUAGUUGGCCUCCGGCGCCGCCGGGCUGACCUUUAGGCCCGGCUGACAUCCACCUUAUCUACUGCUGAGCGCUCUAAACCCCUCCGGGCCGCCACGUCUGUGUGUUCCCGCCGCCGCCGCCGCACCACCCGAGCCUACCGCCGAUCAGCCGGAGCGAGAUCUUGACCUCCCCCGGUCCCGCAUCCCCGCAGCCAUGACGACGGAGCUGCGGCAACGCGCCAGGCCGCCGGCCCAAGCAGCAGAUGCGCCUGCAAUACCCGCCCCGGAGCUAAAGCUCGACUCGGAACAUCCCGCUGGCGAACAGAAAUAUGGCCGCGCAAGGCAGAUGUUUAGACAGGUCACAUUCGGUCUCUAUUUUGCCGCAUGCGUUCUUGGCAUAGCCACCGCCCAGUUCAUCGGCGCACCGCUCUACUGGAUCAGCCGUGACUGGUACUACGCGUACAUGGCCGUCACCAAGCAAUACUUUGGCAUCACCAUUACCACCAUGACGAAGUGGUGGGGCCCUACCAUCAUUCGUGUUAGCGGCGAUGCCUCUGUUGCUGGCCAGAUCACCCAAGCCAAGGACGGAAGGGUCGAGUUUGGCUUUCCCAAGCGCCUGGUCCUGAUCGCCAACCACCAGAUCUAUACAGACUGGCUCUAUCUGUGGUGGGUGGCAUACGCCAACGACCCGCAAACGCACGGCUGGAUCUACAUCAUCCUUAAGGAGUCGCUCAAGUACAUACCCAUCAUGGGCACUGGAAUGAUGUUCUAUGGGUUCAUCUUCAUGUCGCGCAAGAUGGCCGUCGACCAGCCUCGCAUGGCCCACCGUCUGCAGAAGCUAAAAGUCAAAUCUACCGACCCCAACACGGACCAACGCUCUCUGAACCCCAUGUGGCUGCUCCUUUUCCCUGAAGGCACCAAUGCCUCGGACAAGGGACGCAUCAAGUCGGCCCAGUGGGCGGACAAGAUGGGUAUCAAAGACCCCCGGCAUCUACUCCUACCCCGCAGCACCGGCAUGUACUUCUGCCUCAGCGAGCUCAAAGGGACUGUCGAUUACGUCUACGACUGCACAGUAGCCUACGAAGGCAUCCCUCGCGGUAGGUAUGGCGAGGAGUUCUUCACCCUCUCGAGCACCUAUUUCCAGGGUCGCCCUCCAAAGUCGGUCAACUUCUACUGGCGCCGCUUCCCCGUCUCCGAAAUACCUCUGGCCACGCCCGAAGAGUUUGAGGUUUGGCUCCGCGAGCGCUGGUACGAAAAGGAUGAGCUCAUGGAGCAGUACUAUGCCACCGGCCGCUUCCCCCCUCUCGGCAGCAGCGGUUUCCUGGGGCCCGACGCCGUCGCCGACACAAAAACCGACGGGCCCGGCUUUAUCGAGACCGAGGUCCGCAACCGAAAUCCGACAGAGGUCCUCCAAGUCUUUUCCAUCCACGGCACUAUCUUCCUAGCAUUGCAUUUUGUGCGCAAGAUCAUGGCCCGCCUUGCCCUUCUUGGAAGUGGCUGAUUUUACAGGAAGAUAUCAUGAUUCUUGUGUAUGUAGGGGGGUCCUUUCCUUUGGAGUUCGGUGUCUCGCGACCAAGGACUGCGGAGGGUCACUGGGGGUUGAUGAAUCGACACCUCGGUCCAUGGUUCGGAGGUCUGGGGAUUUUUUCUUCGUGUUCUGCCUUCUUAUUAUGCAUCAUUUUAUAGCCUCCUCGUCGGGUCCCAUCGGUCCAGAGUCCCAGACCGGCGGUUGUCCCAUGUCUCCGAGUGGUUAACUAGGUAGCUUUAUGGAUUCGUGAUACCCCA